AAAGUGCGAUUUGCAUCGCAUCGAUUGAUAGGGAGGGCACUUGAUUUGGAGUUAAGUCUGUUUGUAGGAAUACAUAAAAGGAUAAAUAUCCUAAAAAGUUAUCAGAUGAGGACAUAAAUGUAUUAAUACACCGUUACAUUGAAGGCACGUGGGAUAUGGGAGGAAUUAACGCGAAACUUUAUUGAUUUUUGAUGCUAAUAAAGUAAAGACAGAAAAGGUUCGGUUCAAACUUCAGAUAUACAAUUGGGAUUUUUCUCUCGUCAUGACGAACACUUAUGAAAAAAUUCUGAGCGUAAUAUCAAAACCGCCAGCUUUUCGUCAGGACUUCGAGAUUCAGACGUUGAUGCCAUGGCUCCGAAAACAGUCGCAGUUAUUCUCACAGCUGAAGACAGAGUAUUUGAAAGACAUAUUACGAAACUGUGGGCAAGUAACUUUCGAAAAAGAUGACAUCAUCAUCAAGCAAGGAGACCAGGGAGAUUGUUUCUACAUGAUUCUGGGCGGCAAAAUCUCCAUCUACAUCCUGAACAAGGAAAAGAAUGAAGAGGGAGACGAGACGGUGCCCUUAGAUCAGAUCGGGACCAGGAAUGAAAAGGGUCAGCUAGACAGGUCCAAACUAGGGACAUUUGUCACUUACCUAGGGACGGGCGUUCCUUUCGGAGAUGUAGCAUUGAUGUCCGAAGACUGCGUCCGAACAGCCACGAUCAUUGCCGAAGAGGUAACGGAUCUACUCGUAGUUGAUCGAGCUCUCUAUAACAGAGCUGUCAAAGAGGUGCUUGCCAAAGAAUACGAAGACAAGGUCACGUUCAUCAAUAGCAACCCACUGUUUUCUGCAUGGCCGCCUAGAUACAAGAAACAGCUCACGAUGGCGAUGUACAAAGAGGAGUUUGCUUACAAUACAACCCUAGUGAAACAAGGAGACCCCGUGGAUAUCAUAUACUUUCUUAUUAGAGGUCACGUGGAGCUACGCACCGACUCCGCAAUGCAUCCAAUUCAGUUUCCUAAAAUUUACCUAGAAACGAUGAAUGAAGGUGAAAGACUGAUAAAGCGUGACAAAGCCCGACCCCCUACAGAACCAAGCUACAACAGUGCCCACGUAAGAAAGAGGGAGAACCACAGGCAUGUCAAAAUGUUUCUGCUUGGAAGAAACGAAAGCGUGGGGGAGCCGGAAGUUCUUCUGGGACUCGACACAUACAUGCAGACCGCCGUGUGCACGGAGAAAGUGGAAGUUUUAGUGUUAGAAAUGAAGCAUUACGAACGACUUUUUGUGAGGCGACAUCCUAGGACUAUAGAAGACAUGAGAAGAAUUCUGGAAGUAAAGCUAGAAACACGAUUGAAACUGGUCUCUAAUAAAACUGAUAUACCUUUUCUUUCACGUGUGAAAACGAAAUUAAAUAUGAUGAAUAAUCCACAACCUCUUGUCAAAAAGGAAAAAGAGCUCCCCUCGCAGAAAAUGGCAGAGAGGGAAUUUCUUAAUCAUAAAGGACCGCUUAUUGACAUGUACGGCCCUGGGAGUGUGUUUUACAUGAUACGAGUGCGCGAAAAAACCAAAGUUAAGGGAUUUAGUCCUAGAGAGAAACGGAAACCUCUCUAUAGCAGCAAGGAUUCCAACGACAACGAGCAUUUACAUGCAAUCAAGGUCCCGCAAACUCUAGUGUUGGCUGCUCAGAUGGCAGGCGCCAAGAAAGACAGGGAAGUGCUUUUUGACAGAAACGAAAUUGAAACUACCUCGGUACGUGCCCCUAGUUCAAAGGCGAAUCACAUGGGGCCCAAGUCUUUCCGAAGAAUACAAAGUGCAAUGAAACCAGACGAGGAACCAAUGAACACAAAUUCAGACUUUUUUGAUUUCGAUGACGAUAAAGAGACAAGCAGGUCAUGGCCAAACGAGACUAGAUAUGGAACAACGGUGUCCUUUAUGGAUGCUGAGGAUGACGUCAGCUUGUCUAAACUCGAAAAUAAAGUCCGAAGUUGGCUGAGUUAUGGCAAUCCAAAAAGUGGACCUCAGGUGGCUCAGCUGCGACGCCUUGCGGUUGAAGAACUGGAAACCAUACCAAAACCUGGAAAUAGGGUGGUGGUGCACAAGCGCAGUCGUUCUACUCACAGUUCAAGCAGCGGAAAUGAAGCCGACAGCACGGUUUCCAAGAAAGAAUCACCUCGACAGGAAGAGAAAUUCGACAAAUACCGAAUUCUCCUCGCUCAUUAG